GGCGGCCCGCGCUCACCAGCCCCACAGCCGCUGCCACCGCCACCGGCCCCGCCUCACCGCCCGCGGCGCCCCGCCCGGCGCCUCCGCGCGCCGCGAUGACGUAGACGCCACCCAUUGGCCGCCCCACUAGAGCCCCACUGAUUGGCUGUCCUGCUGGCGGCUGCCGAGCCGCCCCGCCUCCGACCCUGCCGUGUGCCCCCAUUGGCCGGCAGCCGGCGUCGCCCUCGCGGCGGGAGAUUCACGGGGCCCGGAACCCCGGGCCAGCGCCAUGGAGCGGCUGCGGGACGUGCGGGAGCGGCUGCAGGAUUGGGAGCGCGCGUUCCGGAGGCGGUGCGGGCGGCGGCCGGGCCAGGAGGACGUGGAGGCGGCGCCGGAGGAGACCCGCGCGCUCUACCGGGAGUAUCGCGCCCUGAAGGGGGCCCUGGGCCGGGCCGGCGGCAUCGGACCUCGCAGCCCCAAGCAGUCGCUUCUCGCGACGGCGGAGGAGAGGCCGGAGCCCAGCUGCUGGGGGCCGCACUUGAAUCGAGCUGCGACCCAGAGUCCACAUUCUAGUCUUUCUGGGCCAAGUCCUGUGGGGUCUGUGCCAGACUACGGGAAGAGGCUUAAGACCAACCUAAAGGCCACCCUGCAGGCUGGGCCAGCCCUGGGCCGCAUACCCCGGCCUCCACGAAGACCCUCCUCCAAGACGCCCUCCCCGGGGCCACCAGGUGCAGGGGCUGCCCCCAUCUCUCCAGAAGAAGUCAGUGAGGUGCCCCUGCAGCCUCGUGGGCCCCGGCUGAGGCCAGGCCGCCUCCAGCAGCUACGGGCAUCCCUGAGUCUACGACUGAGCUCCCUAGAUCCUGACUGGCUACAGAGAUGUCACAGCGGGGCCCCAGAUUUCCUGGGGGCUGCCCAGGCCUGCCAGCCUAACCUGGGCGUAGAGGGGUCACAGCCUUUGACUUCAGGUGUGCCAUCAGUCCUUGGUCACAACACUGGCCCUGAGACUCGAGCCCUACAGACGGGUGGAGUUACAGGGAGCCCCCAACCCGGCAACAGUCGAGGCAAGAAGUGGAGAUGCGGGAGGGAACCAGAAGGGAACCCUGCACAGGCCCAGCAGGACAGUGGCCAAGCAGGACCUCUGCCUGAAGAAGCUGGCGCUGCGGGACAUGCAGAAGACGGUCCAGGAGAACCCCUGUGGGUACAGCCCGCCAGUGGCCCCACAGCCCCCAGACCAGCUAACCAAAGCGGAGGUAAUUACGUACGACUGAACAUGAAGCAGAAACGCUACGUGCGGGGCCCAGCGCUCCGUGGCAGGCUGCUCCGCAAGCAGAUGUGGAAGCAGAAGUGGCAGAAGAAAGGGGAGCAUUUUGGAGGUGGUCAGCCCAGAGCCACAGUCAGGAACUCUUGCUUCCGGUGUGGGCAGCUAGGCCGCUCGUCAUCCCAGUGCCCCCAACCAGAGCCUACUCCGGGCCCCCGGAAGAGCAGUAAGAACGAAGAGGACGUGCAGACCCAGCUCACCUUGGAGGAAGUAGUCCAGAGGACAGGCACUGCCAGUUCUCAGCUCCCUGUAAGUGAGAAAGAUACAGAGCCCACUGGGCCUGAGCUGUUGGUGACCAUGGAGCGGUCUGUGCCCCAGGCGCACUGCCCACCCCCCUGUGUGCCACCACUCUACCCACCAGGGCCCUCGGGGCAGGUGGCAGAGACACCAGCUGAGGUGUUCCAGGCCCUAGAGCAGCUGGGGCACCGAGCCUUCCGCCCCGGGCAGGAGCGUGUAGUCAUGCGGAUCCUUUCUGGCAUGUCCACGCUGCUGGUGUUGCCCACAGGUGCUGGCAAGUCCCUUUGCUACCAGCUCCCUGCGCUGCUUUACGCCCGGCGGAGCCCCUGCCUCACGCUGGUCAUCUCUCCCCUCCUGUCUCUCAUGGACGACCAGGUGUCUGGCCUGCCCCCGUGCCUGAAGGCAGUGUGCAUCCAUUCAGGCAUGACCAGGAAGCAGCGGGAGUCUGCCUUGAAGAAGGUUCAGGCGGCCCAGGUGCAUGUGCUGAUGCUGUCACCCGAGGCGCUGGUUGGGGCUGGGGCAGGGACCCCUGGCCGCCUCCCUCAGCUGCCUCCGGUCGCCUUUGCCUGUGUCGAUGAGGCCCACUGCCUUUCCCAGUGGUCCCACAACUUCCGGCCCUGCUACUUGCGCGUCUGCAAGGUGCUGCGGGAACACAUGGGCGUGCGCUGCUUCCUGGGCCUCACGGCCACGGCCACACGCAGCACCUCGAGGGAUGUGGCCCGGCAUCUAGGCGUGGCCGAGGAGCUUGUCCUCAGAGGGCCGGUCACCAUCCCCACCAACCUGCACCUCUCUGUGUCCAUGGACAGGGACCCAGACCAGGCUUUGGUGACACUGCUGCGGAGUGAUCGUUUCCGUGCUCUGAGCUCCGUCAUCGUGUACUGCAACAGACGCGAGGACACAGAGCGUGUCGCCGCCCUGCUCCGCACCUGCCUGCCUGAGGCCCGGGACCUGGGGCCCCAAGGUGAGGUCAGCGGGGUCGUGCCCCGCGGGAGCUGCCUCAGGAACACAGUCUACCCAACCAUCUGUGUCUUCCCCGCAGGCCGGGCCCCCAAGGCUGUAGCCGAAGCCUACCACGCCGGCAUGUGUGGCCGGGAGCGGCGGCGGGUGCAGCAGGCCUUCAUGGACGGCCAGCUGCGGGUGGUGGUGGCCACGGUGGCCUUCGGGAUGGGGCUGGACCGGCCAGACGUGCGGGCCGUGCUGCACCUGGGGCUGCCCGCGAGCUUCGAGAGCUACGUGCAGGCUGUGGGCCGGGCCGGGCGUGACGGCCAGCCGGCGCACUGCCACCUCUUCCUACAAGCCCAGGUUCUUCCCUGCCCCGCUCGAGCCCACCCCUCCCCCCACCACACACACCCCAGCCGCUCCUUCACGGCCGCCGUGUCGCAGGGCCAGGACCUGCGGGAGCUGCGGAGACACGUGCAUGCCGACGCCACCGACUUUCUCGCCGUGAAGAAACUGGUCCAGUGCUCGUUCCCACCCUGUACCUGCACCAGUGCCCACGCCCAGCGGCCCCCAGAGCAGGACGGAGCCGAGAGCCAGGACAGGCCCGUGGCCACGUCCCUGAGGGAGGCCGAGCAACCCAACAUCGAGUGCACAGCCCGGUGCCCGGGCCACGAGCGGGCGCUCCCAGUGCAGCCGUUGGUGCAGGCCCUGGACAUGCCUGAGGAGGCCAUCGAGACCCUGCUGUGCUACCUGGAGCUCCACCCACGGCGUUGGCUGGAACUGCUGACGCCCACCUGCGCCCGCUGUCGCCUGCACUGCCCUGGGGGCCCCCCCCAGCUCCAGGCCCUGGCCCACAGGUGUCCCCUCCUGGCUGUGUGUCUGGCCCAGCAGCCACCGCAGAACACAGGAGGGGGAAGCUGUUCCGUCGAGGUCGACGUGCUGCAGCUGGCCGGCUCAGCGGGCUGGAAGCUGGCCUCUGUAGAGCACGCUCUCCGCCAGCUGCAGUGGGAGCCAGAGCCCGCGACAGGUGCACCUCGGGGCACGGGGGUGCUGGUGGAGUUCCGGGAGCUUGUCUUCUGUCUGCGCAGUCCUGGAGACCUGACGGCCCAUGAGCGGGACCAGAUCUGUGACUUCCUGUACCGCCAAGUACAAGCCCGAGAGCAGGAGGCUCUGGCCCGCCUGCGCCACACCUUCCAGGCCUUUCACAGCGUCGCCUUCCCCAGCUGCGGGCCCUGCUUGGAGCAGCCUGAUGAGGAGCGCAGCGCGAGGCUCAAGGCCCUGCUCAGCUGCUACUUCGAGGAAGAGGGUUCAGGGAGCAUAGAAGAGCAGCGGGGCCCAGAGCCAGGACAGGCUGGGAUCCAGGACUGGGAGGACCAGAUUCGCCAGGACGUCCGCCACCUUCUGUCCUCAUGGCCAGACCAGCAGUUCUCGGGCAGGGCUGUGGCCCGUAUCUUCCACGGCAUCGGAAGCCCCUGCUACCCAGCGCAGGUGUAUGGGCGGGACCGGCGCUUCUGGAGAAGAUACCUGCAUCUGAGCUUCCCUGCCCUGAUGCGCUUAGCCACAGAGGAGAUCCUGCGGUGGGGCCACUGACCACCCUGCCGUGGGCGGGCCCUGCUCCCCCACAUCACGGACAGGCAUGCACAGGGGGCCGCGUGGCCACAGUACGGAGGGAAUCAGGUGUGGCAUUGCGUCAGGGAAAAGGGACAUCGAUGGCCAUGACGACUGACUACCCUGGGCACGGCCCACCACCGGAAAUGUGGGGGCAAGGAAGCCCCCAAAUGCAGAAUAAAAAAUGCUCAAGUCAC